AACGUUUCCUCUUUUUUCUCAAACAGGAAUCCAACUAAUGAGGACUCAAGUCUAGAGAGAGAGAGAGAGAGAGAUCACUGCGAAACGGAAAGAGAGGGAGAUAGACGGCAUUAAUGGCGGAAGGUCAGAAACCGCGAAAACACAGCGACGAGAGCGUGAAGUUGUUCGUUGGCCAAGUUCCGAAGCAUAUGACGGAGGCACAGCUUGCUGCAAUGUUCGAAGAAUUUGCUCUUGUCGACGAAGUCAACAUCAUCAAAGACAAGGCUACGCGAGCUUCUCGAGGUUGUUGUUUCGUUAUAUGUCCAUCUAGGGAGGAAGCAGACAAGGCCGUGGAUGCGUGUCACAAUAAAAGAACUCUCCCUGGGGCAUCUUGUCCAUUGCAAGUCAAGUAUGCAGAUGGCGAGUUGGAAAGGCUAGAACACAAAAUCUUCAUUGGUAUGCUUCCAAAGAAUGUUUCCGAGGGAGAAGUUUCAGCAUUGUUUUCUCAAUAUGGAAGCCUAAAAGACUUGCAAAUUUUACGAGGAUCUCAACAAACAAGCAAAGGUUGUGCUUUUGUGAAAUACGAGACAAAAGAACAAGCAGUUGCAGCUAUAGAGGACCUUAAUGGCAAGCACAAGAUGGAGGGUUCAACUGUCCCUUUGGUGGUGAAAUGGGCAGACACGGAAAAAGAAAGAUUAGCUCGAAAGGCUCAAAAAGCACAAUCACUAGCUUCUAAUAUGGCAAACGCGGACCCCACACAGCAUCCAUCUUUAUUUGGAGCUCUACCCAUGGGUUACAUGUCACCAUAUAACGGUUAUGGAUAUCAGGUUCAGGCUGCUGGAAGUUAUGGGGUUAUGCAGUAUAGGCUUCCACCAGGGCAAAAUCAGCGAGGUGGGGGUGGGACCCCAAGAAAUUAUGCAGUGUCGCCAGCUGGGUAUGUGGGGUCCGUUUAUCAUCCGCCAGCUCAAUAUCCUGUGGCUUACCCUCCUCAGCAGGGUCAGGGGAUUAUGAGCAGUGGCCCACCUAGUCCUGUCCCACCACCUUCAAGUGUCAGCCCUCCUGGUGAUCAGGGAUUUGGAAGAGUCUUGAGUGCUAAAGUUUUUGUAGACAAAGCAACUGGUGUUAGCAAAUGUUUCGGGUUUGUGAGUUAUGAGUCGCCAUCUGCUGCACAAUCUGCAAUUAGUGUGAUGAAUGGGUACCAGUUAGGUGGUAAAAAAUUGAAGGUUCAACUGAAAAGAGACAACAAGCUAAACAAACCUCAAUGAUUUGAUGUAAUACUUAGUUAAAUUAUGUGUCAUUGUAAUCUGUAAUUGUGCAACGUAACGUUGGAACUCGUAUAGUCAUUAACUUUCAAUUUAUUGAUUCUUCCCUCAACACCAUCAUCACUCACUCAUAUACUGUAUCUAGUCUCUUUAUUUCAGAAAUAUACUUUCAAUCUCC